AUCUACUCCAGCCAAGAUAUCAGCUCCUAUGUUUGCAACUGGCUCCAAUUCAAUCUCAACAGUCGCAACAGCGCCACAUGACUCCAAUCCGCGGAGUCAAAGCAGUAGCACUUCCGAAUCUUUCAGCAGUGCCUUCUUCCCAAAGAAAGAAUUCAACGCUGCAAGAACAAUGACAACUGCUGCAGCAAACUCAGAAAUUGGUUUAGCAUUCUUUGCAGCAUGGGGUGGGCUUUGGCCUUUGCAAUCGGAAUUUGGUAGAUUUGAAGACCUCUAUGUAAAUAACACCCAAUGGGGUCGUGAUUCUAAUGUUCACUUUCUACUAGGAAAUGCAGUAGCAUCUAUGCUUUUGAGCACAGGAGAUCCAAGUCCAUGAAGCCUGGAGUAAAAGAGGACUAAGGCUUCUUGUCUAAAUAAGGCAACAAUGACAUUUAGGUAUUGCUUGGUAUUUGAUAAUAAACCAAUUUUCUGGAG